CUGAGCUGAGACUAGCAGGAACAGGACCACACGGCUCCGCAUUAUAUAAACACCCAGCAGUGAGAGGCCCAAACAUGAACAUUGAACCCACGGCAUUGACAGAUUCUCCAUUUGCGUUUUCGUGAUUAUCUAGAAGCAGAAAAUCAAAUGGGGUUGAAGGAGGAGUUUGAGGAUCAUUCUGAGAAAGCCAAGACCCUGCCAGAGACAACGACAAAUGAAAACAAGCUUAUACUCUAUGGGCUAUUCAAGCAAGCCACUGUUGGUCCAGUGAACACCAGCCGUCCUGGAAUGUUUAACAUGAGGGACAGAGCAAAGUGGGAUGCGUGGAAGGCUGUUGAAGGGAAAUCCAAGGACGAAGCAAUGAGUGAUUAUAUAACCAAAGUGAAACAGUUGCGGGAAGAAGCUUCGGCAUCUGCUUGAUUCAGUCUUCUUGUUGAUGCCUGAUGCCAUUUGGUUGUGUUUUUAAAACUUGAAUUGAAAAUAAUCAUCUGUAGCUUUCGAACCCUUGAUGUGUUAUAUCUGAAUGGCGUGGAAGUCCUUAUGGCAAACUGUAUUCGUAUUAAAUAUGUUAAGUUUCUUCUGAUUAUAAACUA